UGGGCAGGCUUGGGACAGGGUUUCCGCCUGGACCUGACAUGAGGGAUGGGCUUCAGCACCUCGGAGACACCUCCCGCCAACGUUGGACUCAAAACCCAGAGGGCAUGACCUAGAAGGCACCCACUUCUGAGAUGUUGUUCUGCCAGUCUGCGUAUGCAAGAGCGACAAGAACAGGGCACACGGGGCUAAGAGGUGGCAGCUGUGGGCCAAGAAGACCAUCCCUGAACUGCCCAGGCGGCCAGUGUUUGCUUGGGUCUGUCCUGCAAGCCGAAGCCACCUAGGAAGGGCACAGGCACUUUCCCAUUGUGCUUUGGCAGUCAGGGCAUGGGCAGCUUGGAACUAACUGUGCCCUUUCCUCUCAUUGUUGCCACUCUUGUUCUUGUGCAGCCGAGAAGGUGGCCAGGUUGCUCCUGAGGCAGAUGCCCCAAAAGAUGCCUGGGCAUGCUGGAAAGAUUAGGAAACGGGUGGAAUUCAGGCCUGUGGUCCAAUAUAGACCCCAUUCUUUCCAAGAGUUACCUGCCCCUUCCUCCUUUUGGAUCCCAAGCUUGGCACCAGAGUGUCCCUCCUUCAGUAGGUUAGUCCCCAAGGUUGGGAUUUGAGAAUGGGUGUCCCAUCGUCCAGAGAAUAGUGGCUCCUCCCACAGUGGACCAUUGGUGGGUCUUGGCAUCCCACCAGAAUCCCGCUGGCCCGGAUGCGGGGAUGCCAGACCUGCUUCUCUUCUUGUUGCUGCCCCUUCAGUCUGGGUAACUCAUUGCAGCGGAGAAACGGCUCGGCCUCCCUGGCAGGGCUGGCGUUGGGCCUUGUAGGCAGCCAGACCAUUCCUCAUUUGGGUGGCGCUCACCUCUAACCUUUGCCCACCUCUCGUCCCAAGGUUCUUGCUCCCCGAUUCCUUUUGGUGCCCCCUGUUUUCCCUGCUAAUUGGGAGGUUUUGGAUUGGCACAAAGCUGGGUUCGAUUCUGCUCCGAUUGGCCAAAUUGGGAAGGCAGGUUGGAGCCAGGAGGGAGGGGGGCUGGCACUGGAAUGGCCCAUCGUCAUUGGGAUGGGCUUAGGUGGCUUCCGCUCCGUUGCCAGUGCGAGCCUGGGAGCCGUACAGCAGCGCAGCCAGGCAGAGGCGUUGGCUGGAAGCAUCCUCCCCGCCUGCCGGGACUUUCUGGAGUUAGCCGACACCCACAGCCGGAAAUGGCAGCGGGUGCUCCAGCACGAGCGCGAGCAGCGCAUCCGUCUGGAGGAGACCAUUGAGCAGCUGGCCAAGCAGCACAACCACUUGGAGCGGGCCUGCCGGGGGGCCCCCUCCCACGCCUCCAACACCAGCAGCCACGUCUCCAAAGGGGGGAGCGUGCAGAGCGUGAAAGGGGAAGCCAGCGACGAAGAUGAGGAGACGGAGUACUUUGACGCCAUGGAGGAUGCCCAGGCUUUCAUCACAGUAGCUGCCGAUCCCUCCAAACACCGGCGCACAGGCAGCAACCUCAGCCGGUCCAGCGAAGGUCGUGCCGAUGACUGGAACCUGGAGGACAGCGUGUUUGAGAGCUCCAGCCAAAGCACCCUCGACUCGACGGGCAGAGAUGUGGCGCCCCGGAAGAAGCGGCGGACCCGCAUCCCGGACAAGCCCAACUAUAGCCUUAACCUCUGGAGCAUCAUGAAGAACUGCAUCGGGAAAGAGCUCUCCAAGAUCCCCAUGCCGGUCAACUUCAAUGAGCCGCUCUCCAUGCUGCAGCGGUUGACGGAGGACUUGGAGUACCACGAGCUGCUGGACAAAGCCGCCAAGUGUGAGAGCUCCGCGGAGCAGAUGUGCUUUGUGGCCGCCUUCUCCGUGUCUUCCUACUCCACGACAGUCCACCGGACAGCCAAGCCUUUCAACCCACUCCUGGGGGAGACCUAUGAGCUGGACCGCCUGGACGAGAUGGGCUUCCGCUCCCUCUGUGAGCAGGUGAGUCACCAUCCUCCGGCUGCUGCCCAUCAUGUCUAUUCCAAGCGCGGCUGGACGCUGUGGCAGGAAAUCACCAUUGCCAGCAAGUUCCGGGGCAAAUACCUCUCCAUCAUGCCACUGGGUGCCAUCCACUUGGAGUUCCACUCCAGCGGCAACCAUUACGUGUGGCGCAAGGUGACCUCGACGGUUCACAACAUCAUUGUGGGCAAACUCUGGAUUGACCAGUCCGGGGAUAUCGAAAUCAUCAACCACAAAUCGAAAGACAAAUGCCAGCUGAAAUUCACUCCUUACAGCUACUUCUCCAGAGACGUCCCUCGAAAGGUGACAGGCGUGGUGAGCGACGUGGAGGGCCAGGCGCUCUACGUCAUGUCCGGCACCUGGGACGAGAAGAUGGAGUGCUCCAAGAUUGUCCACAGCAGCCACGGCAGCACCAGCUCGGAAGGCAAGCUGUCGAAAACCGUCUACCAGACCCUGUCUCCCAAGGUCCUGUGGAAGAGAUACGCCCUUCCGGAGAACGCCGAGAACAUGUACUACUUCUCCAGCCUGGCCUUGACCCUGAACGAGCCGGAGGAGGGGACGGCGCCCAGCGACAGCCGCCUGCGUCCCGACCAGCGGCUGAUGGAGAACGGCAAGUGGGACGAGGCCAACGUGGAGAAGCAGCGGCUGGAGGAGAAGCAGCGGGCCGUGCGGAGGAGGCGGGAGGCGGAGGCGGCCGAGGCCCUGGAGGAAGGCAAAGACUACGAAGGCUACGUGCCGCUGUGGUUUGAGCGCAAGGUGGACCCAGCCACGGGAGAGCUGAUCUGCCUGUACAAAGGGGGAUACUGGGAGGCCAAGGAGCAACAGGACUGGCACUCCUGCCCCGACAUCUUCUGAGCCUGGCUGGGCCGGGAGAAGGCACCCGCAGAACCCCUCCCCCUCCCCCCUCCGCAGGAUGGAGGAGCAGAGCCCUCAGGGCCGUUGCCACGCUCCUCUCGGAGACACAGCCCAGCUGAAACCAACACAGAUUUUUUUUUAGAGACAAAACCAUGCAGGGAUUCCCAAUGUAUUUUUAUGCACUCGUAAAAUGGGAUUUGAUUUUUUAAGGGGCGUUUUUAAACCUACCAAUUAGAAUGACGAAAUCAUGGCUCUUAUUCUUCCCCCAUUUUCUUUUUCACACCUGGUUGCAUCGAGACUUUUGGCCCCCACGACGCCCAGGUCUUGGUUUUCCAAAGACGGACAUCUUUGUGGGGCAAUGGUGUGUGUUGGAUUGUCCCCCCGCCUUUUCUCCCCGUUGCAUAUAUAUGUUUUUUAAAAGUCUGUAGAUCAGAAUUUUUUUCCCAAGGUGCCCCCUUUUCUGAAUGGCCUCUCAAUCCGAGGCGGGAAGAGAAACCUCCUGGCGAUAAACCCGUCGGGACUCCUGACUGUUUAGAGACUGUGCCUUUGGAGGACAUUGAGUUUGCCCUUGUGGGAAGGGAACAGUCCCCACGAAAGAGCUCUUUCUUUGGACUUGUGUUUGGAACUCACUCCGACGAGACGGUGCCACAUUUUUGGAGAAUUGCGAUGGCCUUUGAAGCCGGGUUCAGCGUCCAGAUUGUGUCCCUUUGGGGAAGGACCUCUGAACUAGUAGCACCUUGGCAAAGGAACCUUGGCAUACCUCAACCCCUUCUUUGUCGGGAUCUCUGCGGAAGAGGAGUCGAGCCAGGCAGAGGACUCUCUGUAGGCACUCCGUCACAAACCGGCUUCCUCCUCUGUCUUGUUGGGCCGGUUCUUUUCCACUGCCACUGCCCAGAUUCAGCCAGGGCAUCCAACUUGAGCUCCGGUGGGCACAGCAAGAUCCAUCUGCGAUACGGUGUGGCUGCUGCGGCUGCCCGUGCCCAACACGGCCUGGAAACACCCCCUGGUGCCAUCUCUGUAGAAAGCACACACCCACUGAGACACACAGAUGCACAUUGCCUCAGUGUCAUCGUCACCCAGGGAUGGGCAGAGACCGGGCCAACUGGGGAGAAGGCAUUCCAGGCGAGAUCAGGUGGGCGGAGGCGGAUGGGGGGAUCCGUGCCAGGCGUUAUGCCAAGGAGCUCUCCAUGGGACUGAAUGUGUUUAGGAGCAAUAGGAUUCGGCACCACGGAGAGCUCCUUUGGAGCCCAGGCUGUACCCUGGCAUGGAUCCAUUGCUGCACUGGCAUGGGAGGCACCUGCCUACGCCAUUCUUUGCGGGUGGGAUGCCGGCCUGAAUGCCACGUUGCACACCACUCUCCCAACCCCAGUCCAGUGGUUUUGGUGCCACCGCCUUGCCAACACGAAGCCGUGGAGGCAUUGCUACCUGAUUACCAGCUGGUUUGGGUACCUUACUCCUUUGGGAAAGGUGGGCAUCCUGGCAUGGUCUGCUUCAGGCCCUUUGUGCCCUUGGAAACUCUAGAGCUGCCCAUCCCGCUUGAGAGCACAUGGCGGCCCAACCCACGGCCAUUGGCCACCUUGCCCUGGGCUUGCAAAUGAGCAAUAAGGAAAUUCAGGGUUUUCCCUCAUGCCACCACGCUGCCCACCACCAGAUCCAAUCCGGAGAGAUAUCACUGAGGAAUCACCCCCCCCCACCCCGCCAAUCCCCUCUAACCUUCCUGGCACCCCUUUCUGUACAAUAUGUGCUAUUUCUAUAGUAUAGACAUACAUACAUACAUAUAUAUAUUUAUACACACGCAGAGAGAGUCUGUACAAAUCUACACUGAACUCCGUGGUCUUUUCACUCCUCCAUUAUUUAUUUGCUUCUUAUUUAUUUUUAUAUAUAUAUAUGAGAUAUAUACAUAUAUAAGGAUAUAUAUAUAUAUAUAAAAAAUUAUUUUUGUUGGGAUUUCUAUGGUAUGUAACAAGGAGGUGAACACAAAAAGGUAAUGAAGACGAGUCUUGCUCUGUCUGAAUUUUUUUCCAUGAAAUAAUAGUGUGACUGUAGCAGCAUUUCUUCCGUUCUUUUUUUUACUUGAAACAUCUCCUUUUUGGGGCUCUCCUCUGCAGCGGAGGGCGCCUGGAACGGAAUCCUGGGGCGAAUCAUGUCGGUGGAGGGUUUGCAUUUGUCUUCAGAGAUGCAUCUUUUCUAGCAGCAGUUUGCCAAAGCUCACAAAAUCCCGCUGCUGUUUGAAAAGGAGUCGCAGGGGUUGAGUUAAUGUCCAUUUCUGAGUUUUCCGAAAAAUAGAGCAAUGGAGCCCAAAACAGGCUACUUUUUGCCCCUCUUUUGCCCUUUGAAACCCCUCUGGGUGCAGAGGUGAAAUGCAGAACUCAUGUGACUCCUGAAAGAUGCCAGGCUCCCCUUUUGCUUUCGUCUUCUCUUUCGAGGCCAUAUAGCUCAAGAUAUGGAUUGGGAGACUCGACUCGAUCGAAUGCCUUAUUUUCUGUGCUUUACUUGAUGGCGUAGAGCAGUUUUCCCUUCCUUUUCCUUAAGAAAUGGGAGGCCCGAGGUGGCAGUGCCCAUUUGGGGUUGGCCCUGGGCAUGGAGAGCUCUGGAGACGGGCAGGGAAUUGGCCAUUGGGUCGGCACCAAAGCAGGGCAUCCUCAGAGAAGAGAGAGCAUCGGAGAACAUCGGAGCCUUCCCGUGGCGUUUCUUGUAUUUGGAGGAGAAGGAAGGGCCAGUGGAUGCGGGCAAAGGGUGAUGGAGAGUCAGUCGGUUGGCCCAUUGUCAUUGGGAGGCCACUCUGUCUUUACCCCCAAAGAUGGUAUUGGCGGGUGCCACACUUCAUGGGCCUCCUUCCUUCCUUCCUUCCUUCCUUCCUUCCUUCCUUCCUUCCUUCCUUCCUUCCUUCUCCUUUCCCUUCUGGAGGGUUUUCACAUCGUCCAACUUGUCAAUGCUGUGGAAUGUAACCCCCCCCCCCCUUUGUGAGUGCUCCCUCUCAACUGGCACCCUUAAUAAAAUGUGAAUAAAAAUGUGGAUUUGGGCAUUUUCAA